GGAGGGAUUCCUGACAUCGUUGAUCAGCAAACACGGCUGCAACGAUGCAGAUGGCUAUGAGCUCCGCCGUGGUCCAGCGGCCCUCCGUGGCCAAGGCCUUCGCCAGCAAGCCCUCCUCCCGGGCGGUGGCUGCCCGCCGCGCCAACGUGGUGGCUCAGGCCGCCAGCACCCAGCUCAAGCGCGCCGACGUGCCGCUGGAGCUGGAGGAGAUUGGGCUGCCCAUGAACACCUUCGGCCCCAAGAACCCCUUCAUCGGCAAGAUUGUGAGCGUGGAGACGAUCACGGGGCCCAAGGCCACCGGCGAGACCUGCCACAUCAUCAUCCAGACCGACAAGAAGAUCCCCUUUGUGGAGGGCCAGUCCUACGGCGUGAUCCCCCCCGGCACCAAGAUCAACUCCAAGGGCAAGGAGGUGCCCCACGGCACCCGCCUCUACUCCAUCGCCGCCACCCGCUACGGCGACAGCUUUGACGGCAUGACGACCUCCCUGUGCGUGCGCCGCGCCGUGUACUGGGACCCCGAGAUGGGCAAGGAGGACCCGGCCAAGAAGGGCAUCUGCUCCAACUUCCUCUGCGACGCCAAGCCCGGCCAGGAGAUCACCAUGACGGGCCCCACCGGCAAGGUGCUGCUGCUGCCCGAGGACCCCAACGCCGUGGUCAUCUGCGUGGCCACCGGCACCGGCAUCGCGCCCUUCCGCACCUUCUGGCGCCGCAUGUUCAUGGAGAACAUCCCGGGCUACAAGUUCACGGGUGCGGGGCCGCUGGCGCGGCGGAGGGGGUUCAGGGCUCUGCGGGGUGGUGGGGGGCCCCGAUUGUACGACGAGGAGAUGGCGGCGUGCGCGGCCGCUUACCCCGACCAGUUCCGCCUCGACUACGCGCUGUCGCGCGAGCAGCAGAACGUCCGUGGUGGCAAGAUGUACAUCCAGGACAAGGUGGAGGAGUACUCUGAUGAGGUGUUCGAUCUGCUGAACAACGGAGCACAUAUCUAUUUCUGCGGCCUCAAGGGUAUGAUGCCAGGCAUCCUGGAGAUGCUUGAGCGCGUGGCCACCGGCAAGGGCCUGAACUACGCAGAGUGGUUCGAGGGCCUCAAGCACAAGAACCAGGUGCACGUGGAGGUGUACUAG